GUUGUAUCCAUUGAUCUCCGAAAUCCAACUUUUGGAUCUUAAAUUUCAGCUUCUUAGAUUUUCUAAUACAAUUCCAUUUCAUUCCAAAUAAGCGCUAAUUGACUGGGUUGAUUUAAUUGCAGCAUUUGAUUUGAUUGGAUCUGAUUUCAGCUCUCUACGCCUGUUUCGACCUUGUACGCAAUAAUGAAUCCUUUCUCGUCUGGUACUCGUCUGCGGUACAUGAUACGGGCCAUACGUGCAUGCAAAACUGCAGUUGAAGAACGUGCUGUUGUAAGAAAAGAGUGCGCUGCUAUUCGAGCUGCAAUUAAUGAGAAUGAUCAAGAUUAUAGGAACCGUAACCUAGCAAAGCUUAUGUUCAUUCACAUGCUUGGGUAUCCCACUCAUUUUGGUCAAAUGGAAUGCCUAAAGUUGAUUGCUUCAGCUGGAUUUCCAGAGAAGAGGAUUGGAUAUCUUGGUCUCAUGUUGCUUCUAGACGAAAGACAAGAGGUGUUGAUGUUGGUCACCAAUUCAUUAAAGCAGUAUCCUGCAUGUAUACUUUUCUCAACCUUAAUUCGUUUAUAUUUUCUUUUCCCUUUAUCAUUUCUGUUCCGGAUGGAUAAGUUUGCCCCUGAUGCACUGGUAUUACUAAGGGUAAAAAUAAGAAAAGAAAAGAUAUACUUUACUUUGCAGGAACCUUAACUUAUGUGCAGAGAUCUCAGCCACUCAAACCAGUAUAUUAUAGGGCUUGCUCUUUGUGCUCUGGGAAAUAUUAGUUCUGCAGAAAUGGCCCGUGAUCUUGCACCGGAUGUAGAAAGAUUGUUACAGUUUAGAGAUCCAAAUAUCCGGAAGAAAGCAGCACUGUGCUCCAUACGGAUCAUAAAGAAAGUUCCGGUCCUGGCUGAAAACUUUAUGUAUCCUGCUGCUUCACUACUUAAAGAAAAACAUCAUGGAGUCCUAGUAACUGGAGUUCAACUUUGUACAGAUCUUUGCA